AUGGAGAAUGCUAAUAACAGACAGUCCCCAUUGAGAAAAGCUGAUGCCACUACAGGUGGUUCUAAAUCAACAGCUGGCACGAUGGUUCAAGACACGCAGAUCGAUUGGCAAAAGCAAUGGUUGAUCCAAAAUAAGGAAUUGCAACAUGUUAAAGAACUGAACAAAUUUCUAGAACUGGAACACAAAGUUCAAUCCGAGCCUUAA